UCUUCCUAAACCUGAUGUCACACCGAGGAGAGCGGCAACUGUCUUUAAAAAGUGUAAAAUCACAAUUAAACCACACACGACUCGACAAUUAACUCGUUUGAUGCCAAACGAGGGGCUGUUGCCGAACCAUUUUUCGACGUUUAAUUUUAAGUACAAGAAAAAAUAUACCCUAUUUGAGAUGGGGAAGUCCCUGCAAGGAAAUCCCCUCUUCAUAAGAUAAUUUCGAAAUUGAGAGAGGCUCUCACAGGCUGAAGCUUUCUGCCUUUGGUCUACAGCAGACGUAUGUGAGCCUAUGACACUCAAACUUGUACAAUCUAUGGGAAAAUCGAUCUUUAUGUGUUGGUUUUAACGCGCCAGCGGAUUGUUCAGCAUGGAUGAGAUGAAGAGGGAGAACGAGGCGCUGAAAGCGAAGUUGCGCAGCUGCUCUACACUCAACACAAUUUACCACGAAACACAACAAGAAAUUGCUCGUUUAAAUCAAUUGGUCAUCUCCAAAGACGGAAUUAUUACCGAAUUGAGGGCGAGACUGGGGAAAUAUGAGAAAACAGUGGUCAUAGAAGGAGAGGAGCCCUAUAUUGUAGGGCCGUCGAAAUCUCUCAUCGAGAGUUUGUGUAAGGAAAUUUGCAAAUUAAAGCAAAAACUCAAGGACUCAGAGGCAGACACCGCCCAGAGACUGGAAACCAGUAAAACAGAGAUCCAGAGGUUGCAAGAAAAGUUGAAGGAGAAGGAUCAAGAGAUAGAGAUCAUCAGGGAAAGGCCCGAGCACGAGAAAGAAAGGGAGAUCCAGCGACUGCGCUCCACCUUGGCCGAAAGUGACCGGACGCAGGCCACCAGGGCCGUCCUUUGCAACUCUCUGGCUGAAGAAGCUGAGCAGUUGAGGGCACAGCUGGGAGCCACCGUGCAGGUGUGCCAGGAGCUUUUGGGACGGCUGGAGAAGGAGAAAAACAAGUCAGUCAUGGCGGAUCAGAGAACUCAGGCAAAUGAGAUGAAAGAUUCCCCUGAAGUUCCCCAUCUAAAUGUCAUCAUCAGCAAGUUAGAAGAAGAGAACGACCAGCUUAAAAAGAGAGUUGCAUAUGUGGAAAGUUUAAACUCAAAGUGGCAGAAGUACGACUCCAGUAGAGAGGAGUAUGUGAGGGGCUUGUGUCAGAAGUUGAAAGAGUCAAACGGUCUGGCAUCCGCAGGUCCGACCCUAACCCAAACGUCGGCUUCGGGCAACGUGGCUUUGUUCCAGCAGGAGAUCGCGCGGCUCAACGGCCUCCUGCAGGACAAGAUGAUGGAGUGCGACAGGUUCAGCAGAGAGAGGGAUGACAGUAAAAGAAGAGACCAGGAGCGCAUUCAGAUGCUUGAGCAGCAGGUUUUGGCAUAUAUUGAGGAUUUCAAAUCCGAGAGGGCAGACCGAGAACGUGCUCAGGGUAAAAUCCUGGACCUUCAAGAUGAAGUUGCGCGACUACAACUGCAAAUACGCACACAGAGCGUCCAAGAUGCCCCAUCCUCACGGCGACUUCACAUUGGCCUAAAAAAAGUUCCCCACCGACAGACGGACACAGCCGAACCACUAAGAAACAAUCCCCCAGAAACAAGCUCAAAGAGGACUAUCAGUAACACGGCACCGCAGGGAGCCGCUGAACUGCAGUGCCCUCGCUGUCUCACCACGUAUGACGACGAUCACACGGCCGAAUACCUAAACCACUGGGACGAGUGUGCCAAGCUGUGAGUCUCUCACCUCACUGACUUUUCACAGGGCACAGAAAGCACUGAGGACAGAAUCACUACAAGCUUGCAGACUAUGGGAUGUUGACAGGGUGUUGAUGAAGGCAGGGACACGUUUAAACAGGAUGGAGACGAAGGAAGAGCUUUUUUCUUUUGGCUUGGCUUUUUGUUUGUGGGCUUGGUUGAUGUUAAGAAGGUCGCUUGUGGCAUAGGACUCAAGAUGUGACUUUGGGUUGGUCAUUCCCAGUUCAAAGGCUUACUCACAUGGCUGUCACUGACGGUUUGCUUACGAAGAGUUAUUCAAUCUCAAGCAUUUGUGGUUUUGUCACUGGGUUUUGUCAUUUGUUCAGUUCAUGGUGUCAAGCAUGGUACAUUUUGUCUGAGUUUCAAUCAAAUUUUGCUUAUUACUGUACUGCAGAUCUGUGUAUAAUUCAGAUGGAUCGUAAAAUUGGUAUCAUAUACCUCACCAAUAUGUAUUCUCUUUAUCAGCUGGUUUGCACUUUUUGCUAUUUUAAUUAUUGCUAAAUACAGAUGAUAAAAAUACAUAACCAUUUAUAUUUAAUACAUAAGCUUCUCUAUUAGUAGACUGUUAAAUAUAAUUCAUACUGUUUUUGUUACGGUGCUAUUUGUAAAGAUUAUUGUAAUAUUUUUAUAGUUCAUUUUUGGUUUAUUUGUAAGUUUAUUGUUAUUAUUUGCCUUAAGCUUAAAACAGAAAUUCAAAUUCAUACUAAAAUAUACAGAGCAGCACAGCGCACACUAUUAAUCAUCUGAUUCAUAUAUAUAUACAUAUAUCAAACUUCAGUUUCUGAUUAUAAAUGUUAAACAGUUCCGUCAUAUAACAUGUCAUUACUUUCUCAGAGUUUGAGGCACCUUCUGACUGUGAGGUACUUGCCAUUCGAUCCCCCUCUGCAGUUGAAAACAUUCUAGUUUUAAGUAAGAGAGGAAGUUCCCUACAUCCUGGUAAACUGAGACGUGAAGUUUUCACAUCUCAGAUGCUGCGUAUGACAAAAUGGCCUCCUAUUGCAGCGCACUUGAACACUUUAACAGGGUUCUAAGGCACUGACAACCAAAAUAUCACAGAGAUGCCAAAUUAAAACUGUGUGCUAACAAUAGGAGGAUUUAUUUUUAUAAUAAAAUAUUUGCUUAAGGACAUUUUUCGAAACAGUGUAAUCUUGUUUGUGUCUGAGUGUUUGCACAGUCAUUUUUAGUAAGAUAUGGGAAACCAGACACUGAGAGAGUUGUGAUAAUGCUGGCAAGAUCAUGAGGCAUAGUGUGUCAUAAAGCAUUAAACUCAAGUCCCAUGGGAUUUGAAAGAGUGUGUGUGUGUUCGCAAGUGGUGGAAAGCCCCUUCCCAAGCACAACUGAAUGGACAGGCUAUAACUGCAGCAAAUUCUCAGCUGUCCUGAGGCUUGGAAGUGAAUACAAGAAGAGAAGCAGGC